AAGAAGGCUUACUUCCAUCCUUCUCAACCCUUGUAUUCUAUUUCUCUUGAGUCUUGACCUCCCUAAUGAACAGCAACCCACAUUGUAAACCAUAUUUUUCAUGUGAGACUCUGCUUUAGCGAGGCACACUUGCCACAUAGCUUCUUUACAUAUGAAUGGCACUUUGUCUGCUUUUCACCCCCGCACCAGAAAGAUAAAUUUUCUCCCCAUAAAAGGCCAAUAAUUGAACCCCCGAAGCCACUUCUGAAACAAUGUAUAAAAACACAGUCUGUUGAAAAGCACUGCAUAUAUCAUUCACUCGUUUCCUUUUCAUCCUUCUACAUCAUGCAUGAUUCAACAGGAAUUCCAGCUUCUUUUUCCUCUGGUGAGAGGCAAACCGAUGAGAAAGCCACCGUGGGAAGAUCUGGACAGAGUGUUUUCAUGUCUGUCUACAGAACAAAACUGGCGAGUCAGUGCCGGUUCAUUACAGUUACAUGGUGUAAGAACUUGUUGCUUCAUGGUCUUUCUGUUUCCGUUCAGGGUCCUAACUCCGACGAGCAUUACCAGUGUAAGGUGGAGAUGAAGCCGUGGCACUUCUGGAGAAAACAGGGGUCGAUGCAUUUUACCGUUGACGGUAGGAGAGUUGAUGUCGUCUGGGACAUUAAAGCGGCAAAAUUCAAUGGGGAGACGGAGCCACAAUCGGAUUACUACGUAGCCAUCGUUUGUGAAGAAGAGGUGGUUUUGGUCCUCGGUGAUUCAAAGAAAGACGCGUAUAGAAAGACCGGUUGCCGGCCGUCGUUGAUCGACCCCAUCUUGGUCUCGAGAAGGGAACAUGUGUUCGGCAAGAAGAAGUUUUCAACGAAGGUUCGAUUGGACGAGAAAGGAAAUUUUCAUGGAAUCUCGAUUGAGUGUAAUAAUUCAGCUGGGUUUGAUCCAAGAAUGGAGAUAAAGGUAGAUGGGAAAUUAGCCAUUAAUGUUAAGCAUCUUCAAUGGAAGUUCAGAGGAAAUGAAUUCAUAAACUUAGGCAAAAAUGGGGUCGAAGUGUAUUGGGAUGUUCAUGAUUGGCUCUUUGGGUCCAGUCCAAGGCAUGGUCUGUUCAUAUUCAAGCCAAUUUCCUCAGCGGUAGCGGUGGCGCCCCCAGGACCGACUACAUCAGUAUCAACAGCGUCGUCACCUAAUCUCGAGGGACUACUGAUGAAUCCUGGAUCAAGGAAUGAUGAUCAUUCCAGCUUCUGCUUGUUUCUCCAUGCUUGGAAAGUAGAGUGAUUAAUUAAUUAAUUAAUAUUUUUGUGAAUGAUGUUGGCACCAUCAACAUCAAUACAUGAUUCAUACAUGUGCAUAACUGGCAACCCACCAUGACACAUGCAUCAUGUUCUAUGGGUAAAGGUGGUGGAUCAAGCCAACAGAGACAUAUGAAAAUGGAGGAUUAGGGUAUGGGGUCCAGUGAGAGUGGAAGAUGGUCACAGGUUGAACAAGAUUGGACAGGCCAGAUUGGAUUUUACAUACACAUCUAAUAUUCCUCACCCAAUAAAAUUUGUCUGUCAAAAGAGGUCGAAGGUAUAUGUCCAAAAGAAUAUGAAUAUGCAAUGGUAGCCUAAUAAUAUAUAUGCUUUUGAUAACAUGGAGUUUGGUGGUGAAUAGGUGAUGGAAUUGCCCCAUCAAAAGAUGUGUGUAAACUGUUUUUUUCACAAAUGGAACUUGUCUUUUUCUCUUUUGUAGUAGUUUUUAAGCUUUGGAAGGCAAGUAGUAUUAAAGUGCAUUUCCAAAC